AUGAUCAGAUGUGCUGCUGGAGGGAGUAAGGCUGCCUCGUGCUGCUCCAGGACUGAUUUUGGAGCUCAUUCUUGCUCUGGGACCGGCCACUGGUUGGGGACCGCCACGCUGUUUUCCUCGUGGUCUCUGCCUCUCCUGCUAGCCCUGGUAGCUCUUGCCUUCACCCUUCCUGGAGCAGACUGCCAUCAGCUCAGGAGAGACAGACUGAGGCUCACCAUACCGCGAAGCCACAGGGCUCCGCUGAACAUUUCAGAAAGCAUCGACAAGCCCAGGGCCACUGAGGGCCCCCCGGGUCGGACUGGGGUACCGCAGGGUAGGCAUGUGCGCAGUUACAACCAUCUCCAAGGAGACAUACGGAGGAGGAAGCUGUUCUCUUUCCAGAAGUUUUUCCUGAGGAUCGACAAGAAUGGAAGGGUCAAUGGAACCAAGAGCAAGGAUGAUCCUCUCAGUAUUCUGGAAAUUACAUCGGUGGACGUGGGAGUGGUGGCUAUCAAAGGGCUGAACAGCAACUACUAUCUGGCAAUCAGCAGGAAGGGAGAGCUGUACGGCGCGAGGCAGUUUGGCAUUGACUGCACUCUGAAGGAACGCAUUGAGGAGAACGGCUACAACACGUACGCUUCAGCCGAGUGGAAGAACAAGAAGCGGCAGAUGUUUGUGGGUCUGAACAUCCACGGGAAGCCUGUGCGAGGGAAGAGAACGCGCAGGAAAAACACGGCCACGCACUUCCUUCCGAUCAUGGCCUGAGCCCACCGGAAUCAAAAGGGUUGAAAUAGGACAAAACGCAGCACUGACAAAGAUAGGCAUUCUCGCUUGAAGGUGAAGACUCUCACGAAGAAAUCUUGCAAAUAAGGUACUAACAUUGUCAAAACAACUGGGUUCAUGAACUUCAUUUUAGAGAGAAGAGUGAGUAUGUGUUUGACGUGGCACAGGAUGCAAUAUUUCUCUUGUCUGUGCCAAACAAGAGCUAAAUGGCAAAUAUAGAGAUGAC